AUGUUUAAUCUUAUGACUUUAGGAGAAUGGCAUGUUCAUGAAUUUGAUGCAUUAAAUGGGUCACUACUGAAAAAGGAAAGGUCUUCUCCUCAAAUUGUCACCAAUGCUUGUGAAACUCUAACCUACCCAGUGCUACUUAUUUGUCAGCUUCAGGGUGUGCAAAUGGUGACAACGGUAAGGCCGGUGGACUAUGAGUCAAAGGAGGGAGAGAUCACCUUCAGAACAAUGAGCUUCAACAAGUGCAGAAAACUUGACGAGUUGUAUAAUCCUGAUGAAUUGGAUAAGGUUAUUACUGAGAAAUCUACAAGCCCAAAGAGAAAGAAGGUGGGGAAUCUGAAGCUGCAAACAACAUUCUCCUUCAAAUAUCUACUCUCUGAUAAUUCUGAUUCAAAGGAGAAAGUUGAUGGCUUGCUCAAUAAACAAAGCCCCCCAAUUGUGUUGCCAAAACAAGAAAUGUUGUUUUCGCCAAAGUACAUUGGGGAGCAUGAUGUGGCUGCAAUCAAGCUGCAGAAGGUUUACAAGGGCUACAGGACUAGAAGAAAUCUUGCAGAUUGUGCAGUUGUUUGUGAGGAGCUAUGGUGGAAAGCUUUAGACUUUGCUGCUCUAAGCAGGUGUUCCACAUUAAAUUUUGACUCUGCUAAAUCAGAAACAGCAAGUUCAAAAUGGGCAAGAGCUAGGACCAUGGCUGCUAAGGUGGGAAAAGGUUUGUGCAAAGAUGAUAAGGCGCAGAAAUUAGCUCUAAGGCACUGGCUUGAAGCUAUUGAUCCACGUCACCGUUAUGGUCACAAUCUGCACUUAUACUAUGAUGUUUGGUUUCAAAGCCAGAGUUCACAACCUUUUUUCUACUGGUUGGACGUUGGAGAUGGGAAAGAAGUAAAUCUUGAGGAGUGCUUAAGAAGUGAAUUGUAUAAGCAAUGCAUAAAGUAUCUUGGACCCAAAGAGAGGGAAGCAUAUGAAGUGGUUAUUGAGGGAGGAAGGCUAGUUUAUAGAAAGAGCCAGAACCUUGUACACACUGUGGAGGGAUCAAAGUGGAUUUUUGUUCUUAGCUCUUCUAGAGUUUUGUACGUUGGUGAGAAAAAGAAAGGUCAAUUUCAGCACUCAAGUUUUUUGGCUGGGGGUGCCACUGUUGCAUCUGGAAGAUUGGUUGCUCAAGAUGGAGUUCUUGAUGCCAUAUGGCCCUACAGCGGUCAUUACUGUCCUACAAUGAAGAACUUUAUGGAAUUCAUUGGGUUCUUGAUGGAACAUAACGUGGACUUGACCAAUGUAAAGAAGUAUGCAAUUGAUGAUGACAUCCCACCUUCAAAACCUGUUGAUGAGGAGCUACAGAUUGAAUCCAAAAUGGCUAACAAUGCUAGUUCAAGUGGCUUUACCAUUGCCAAAAACUCCAAUGAAGACAAUCUAGCUCAAUCUGAUACCAGUAUGCAAAGUUCAAAAGUUAAAGAGAGGGAACCAUUGUCAAGAAAAUGGACAACUGGAGCUGGUCCUAGAAUUGGUUGUGUGAGAGAGUACCCUGCAAAACUCCAAGUUAAGGCACUUGAACAACUCAAUCUAUCACCUAGACUCAACCAUGGAAAAGUAGCAGCCAAGGCACCCAUUCCCUCACCAAGGCCUAGUCCGAAAAUCCACCUAUCUCCCAGUCUUGUGCACAUGGGAAUGCCUAACCCCUGA